CUGAGCUUCAUCUGUGGAACUUCCCGACAUUUACUUCCCAACUUUUCCCACGCAGAUUUACUAGUUUACCAGCGACGAUUAAGAAUAUAAUUCACCAAUGAAGAUCUUCUGUUGUUGUAGGCUAAUUCGUCAGAAAACUAUGUUAAUCGUCGCUGUGAACGCGUUUAAGAAACGGAGCGCUACCUGAGGGAUACACUGCAACGCAAAUGAACGAUGAGCUACUACACAACAUCUUUAUUUUAAAACAUUUCACUCUGGUCUACAGUAUGAUGAUCUGUGCUUUAUUUAUGUGUUUUUUACUCUUCAAAGGUGUGUUUGGUGCUGAAAAUACAGUGAAGACAUUAUCAGUGAUGGAGGGAGAUUCAGUCACUCUCCUUGCAGGUCUUAUUGAAACACAGAGGAUUGAUCUGAUACUGUGGACGUUUGGACCUGAAAGCACUCGUAUAGCUCAGAUCAACAGACCGAAUAAUAAGAUCUCAUAUUAUGAUGUUCUUGAUGGGAGAUUCAGAGACAGACUGAAGCUGGAUCAUCAGACUGGAUCUCUGACCAUCACAAACACCACAACUGAACAUGAUGGACUUUAUGAAUUACAGAUCUUUGGUGAAAAAGAGGUCCUACCAAAACAAUUCAGUAUUAUGGUUUAUUACGCUCGUCUGCCUGUUCCUGUCAUCAGUAGAAACUGUUCUUCAUCAUCAUCAUCAUGUUCACUGGUGUGUUCAUCAAUGGUGAAUGUGAGUCAUGUGACUCUGUCCUGGUACGCAGGAAUGAGUGUGUUGUCCAGCAUCAGUGCGUCUGAUCUCAGCAUCAGUCUCUCUCUACCUCUGGAGGUGGAAUAUCAGGAUAAAAACACCUACAGCUGUGUGCUGAACAAUCCCAUCAGCAACCAGACCACACAUCUGGACAUCAACACACUCUGCAGACACACAUGUGCAGUGGAUGGGUCAACAAUCAGAACAGGAGGUUCAUCGUUCAGUCAUAUAGUGCUGCUUAUCUGUGUUUUUGUUGGAGUACCGGGAAUUAUUUUAGCUGUUGUUGGGAUAUUCGUCAUCUACAGGAAAUAUAGAAAAACAGACCAUGUGGCAGAUGAGGGCGUUGCUGAGAAAGUUGAACUGAGGACAGUGUCGGUGACGAUUGGAGAGCCCGUCACUCUAAACACUGGCCUCACUGAAAUACAAAGCUACGAUGUGUUACAGUGGAGGUUUGGAAAAUUAGGCACAGAUGAAACAAAUCCUUUUGAAGUCGUCACCAGACUGAAUGAACUGAACAAUAGCGGUUGUCACGAUCAUAAUGGCCGAUUUCACCUGGAUCGCAAAACUGGAUAUCUCACUAUCAAUGACAUCAAACCUACAGAUAUUGGAGUUUAUAAACUAAAUGUCACCAGGAAUGGGAGAAAUAUAAUCUCCAAGAUGUUUAUGGUCCAAGAUUCCUCAGGAAGAGAAGAGGAGAAAAAUCUCUUGUCUACAGAGAGCGGUCACCCUUGAAAAUGUGUUUGAAUUAUUGUGCAUGCCUGUGAAUUUUUUUUAUUAAAUUGUAUUUUUUUAUUUUAAGGUUUAUGAAACAUGUUACCAUUAACCGUGAUCUUGUCUGUUAUGCAGAUAUUAAUUUCAUGUAUUUUUCAUGCCUGUUAAAGGAUUAUUAGGAACACCAUACUAAUACUGUGUUUGACCCUCUUUCGCCUUCAG